AUGGCUUACAGUCCGCUGAUGGCUGGUGAUCGGUACAUGCAUCAGCUCGACCUGCUGGUUGCCCGCCCAGCCGUACUGCCGGGAGUGGACAUUAUUCCCGAGGCUUCCUGUUUCUCAGAUUCAUUUUUCGAGACUAGUGACUCCGCCAGCCCAAGACCAUCAGUCGUGGUACCACCAUACCUGGUACAGCCAGUCCUGCCACGGCCAGUCCGGCCAACCAUAGUCCCCCCACAACUGGCUUCGGCACCACAAGCACCAGUACCGCAAGCCCUGGUACCGCCAGUCCUGCCUCAGCCACUUCUAGAACCGCCAGUUUUGGCGGAUCCAGAAAUCGAAGUACAAGAGCAAGUGCCAGCCGCACCGCCAGCCCAGGGAGAGCCUGUAGUGCUUCCCGGCAAUGCUGCUGAAGUUCAGCCAUUUUUGGAACCCGGUGACAUGCAAGCACUGCUAGACGCAGGCACGAACUCCAUCUUCGUUCGGGACAUCAGCAGAGCGCUAUGGCCGGAUAACCUGAGGAACAGAAGCCUCACAGGAACUCCCUGCCGUCGUCUUUUGAAAAGUGGCGCAUUGGGAACGAGAGCCCUGACUUCUCGAAAACUGAUAUAUAUUCGCCGUAAGGCCCUCGCGGCGUACAUUGAGAGGAACCCGUCACCAGUUGUGUCGGCCGCCCUGAGACUUGGUCAGCUCAACACGCACAUCCGGAGGCUGCUGAGAGAUGAGAACAGAAAGUGCCACUGA